AUGGCAGAAGACAGCAGACGAAUGGAAGAAGAGGAUCGUGGCCCAGGGGCUGCCUUCCAGGUUUUUGUUCUUAUGGAAGACCUGCUGGAAAAAUUGAGGCUACUUAACUAUGAAGAAGAAGUUCUUAAAAAGCAUAAUAUGAGGCCAAUUUCCAGAUUGUAUUUUGCCUUACCUACAAACCCCGGGGAACAGUUCUUCAUGUUUUGCACACUUGCAGCUUGGCUGAUAAACAAAGCUGGACACCGCUUUGAACAGCCACAAGAAUAUGAUGAUCCUAAUGCUACCAUCUCCAAAAUCCUCACUGAGCUACGGUCAUUUGGUGGCAUAGCUGAUUUCCCUCCUUCCAAACUAAAGGCAGGCUAUGGAGAACAAGUGUGUUAUGUGCUUGAUUUUCUGUCAGAAGAAGUUUUAAAACAUACAGGCUUUACCUGGAAAAGGCCUGUAUAUCCUUCAGAGGAGUUAGAUGAAGAAGUUAUAGUGAGGAUGAUGCAGAGUUAACAUUAAAUAAAUUUGAAGAUGAAAUUGUUGAAGAAGAAUCUGACAAUGAUGAAGAGCACUUAGUAGAUUUAAACAUUCUGAAAUCACAAAGUAAUAAAAUGAAUGUUGGAGAAACAUCUAAACCAGAGGAGAUUUUGGAAUCUAAAACGGAUGCAGCAGAGUGGUACCUGGAGGUGGAACGAGUACUUCCACAGCUGAAGGUCACAGUGAGAACUGAUAAUAAGGAUUGGAGGAAUUCAUGUUGAUCAAAUGCACCAACACAAAGGUGGAAUUGAAUCAUCCUUAAAGGAAACAAAGGGUUAUCUGGACAAGCUUCAAAAUGAGGUCAGCAAGACCUUGGAGAAAGUGGCUAGUCGUGAGAAAUAUAUCAACAGCCAGUUGGAUCCCCUGGUUCAGGAGUAUCGAACAGCACAAGCCCAGCUGAGUGAGCUAAAGGAACAAUAUCAGCAAUUAACCACAAAAGUAACAGAGAAGACACGAAUCCUGUCUGAGGUUACUGAAGAGUUAGAAAAAGUUAAGCAGGAAAUUGAAGAAAAAGGAAGUAGUAUCACUGAUGGUGCUCCACUGGUGAAGAUGAAGCAAGGCUUAAACAAGCUAAAGCAAGAGAUUGUACAGAUGGAUAUCAGAAUUGGUGUAGUAGAACAUACUUUGCUUCAGUCCAAACUGAAAGAAAAAUCAAACAUGACCAGAGAUAUGCAUGCCACAAUCAUUCCAGACUCAUCCAUAGGACACUAUUAG